GUUUCAUUUAUGUUUAGGUUACUUAAGGGUUUGAGUGACAGAAAAGUCGUUCAAGUGGCCUGUGGAAACAAUCACUCACUGGCAUUGACUAAAGACAGCCAAAUCUUUGCCUGGGGACAGAACACUUAUGGCCAGCUUGGUGUUGGUAUGGACAAUGUGUCCCAGCACAGUCCUCAGAGUGUGAUAUCCCUCACCGGGAUGCCAGUGGCACAGAUCACUGCGGGAGGAGAUCACAGCUUCACCCUGUCUCUCUCUGGGACGGUGUUUGGAUGGGGGAGAAAUAAUCACGGACAGCUGGGACUCAAGGACACAGAGGGUAGACAGAAGCCCAGCCACGUGAAGCUGUUGGAUUGUAAGAAAGUUGUCCAUAUCGCUUGUGGAGAAGAACACACUGCUGUUCUAACAAAGGAUGGCCUUGUUUUCACCUUUGGUGCAGGGAGUUAUGGGCAACUUGGACACAAUUCUACAGAGGAUGAGACUAAACCACAUCUGGUCGGUUAUCUGUUUGGAAAGAAAGCUUCUCAAAUAGCUUGUGGAAGUUACCACACACUAGUCUUCAUUCCAUCAUCUGGUAAGAUCUACUCCUUUGGUUGUGGAGAGAAAGGGCAACUUGGAAACAGAGAGACCAAAGAUCAGCUAGUGCCUCUUCCCAUCAACAUAAUAGAUCUGGUCAACAAAAAUGGAAAUGGUCAUACAACAAAGUCAACUGUGAGAAGAAUAUUUGCAGGAGGAAAUCAAAGCUUCGCAGCAUGCAGCCGUGCAGUGGAUUUGGUAUCUUCCACUGAUCAAUCUGCCCUCAAUACUUUGAGGCGAAUCACGACAGUGGACAAAUUACUGGAGCGAGGAUUGAACAAAAUCACUAGAAAGGCAAUUGUUCGGGCAUUUUCCUCUCCUCAAGCACUGUGUGGAAGUUUUCUGAAUGUCAGCAAAGAUGGCCAUUUCAAAACAAAUGGAGUGACGUCAGGCCUGGAUUUGUCUGCAAUCUAUCUGAGCUUCUUGAAUUUGGCAAAAAACUCCUUAACUUUGCAGGUGAAGACUGCAGUCCAGCAUCACCUGAUCCCAUCGUUACCUCGAUCUCCGACCUGUGUGGAAACACUGCGAGUUUACAUUAUAAUACCAGAACUCAUUGCUGUCCUGGAUAAGUCAGAGGAUUCAGCAACGCUGCUCGAAUCUUUAAACAGAUCCAUUCUCUCACUUGAAGACAGUUAUUUUAAAAUCCUUGUUUUCCAUAUGGAACCAGAAAUGGAUGACGCAUUUUAUUUGGUGGGAAUUCUCUGUGGUCUUGCUGUGUCCAAUGGCUUUAUUUGUAAUGUUCGCUUCCCAUUGGCUUUGUACAAGAAACUACUCAGUGUGCCACCAACAUUGGAAGAUCUGAAGGAACUCUCACCAACACUGGGAACAUCACUCCAGGAUGUCCUUGACUAUGAGUAUGAUGACAUUGAAGAGAUGUUAUGUCUUGAUUUUACAGUAAACAAAAAAACAGCAGAUGGCAAAAUAAUUCAGCAGGAACUGAUUCCUGAUGGCAGCAAGAUACCUGUUCAAGAACAUAAUAGAAAACAAUAUGUUGAUGCUGUUGUGGAUUAUAAGCUAAACACAUCAGUGAAGAAACAAUUUGAAGCCUUUUCACAAGGUUUCAGGAGCUGUUAUUCACUGCCAAUUGUGGACACAUUCCUACCUGAAGAACUAAGGGAUGUUAUCCAGGGGAGCACCAGAUAUGACUGGGAGCUGUUAGAACAGAAUGCAAAAUACGUUGAAUACCAAAACACUGACAGAGCAGUCAGGAAUUUUUGGCAAGUCUUUGAAAACUUACCAGAAGAGAAGAAAAAGCGCUUUCUUGCCUUUCUGUCAGGAACUGACAGAAUCCCAGCAGGAGGGAUUCAGAAUUACUGCAUUAGGAUUUUGAAAAGCCGGACCGAUGAACCAGAUUCCUCAUAUCCUCGUGCCUACACCUGUACCAUGAGCUUGGAGCUUCCCAACUACAGCAGCAUCGAACUAUUGAGAGAAAAGUUACUUCACGCAAUUGAAUUCAGUGAAGAAUUCAAUGCACAACCACCCUAAUAUUUGCAGCUGGGGCUUUUACUUA